ACCCCCCUCUGUCCCAUCCGCUCUGCUCCUCUGCGCUCGGUCCACGGUGGUUUGCCUCCAAAUCGGCUUUCAGCCACUUUUUUACUUUUGUGCGCGAGUUUCCACACGAUGUUGGAUUAACGCCUCGGAUUUGAAUAAAGGAUUGCGGAAACAUGACCGACCUGCACGUCAAGUGACGGACUGCACGGUUGUGCUUCAGGGUUGAGAUCGGCUCUCGGCAAGGCGGUGGUGUUUGCGUUGCGGCCUUCCGGCUGUGACGCAGCUAGGGAAGAGGACGCCUGAGGACCAUGGAUCUCGGCAAUGACAUAGACUUGUCCAACAACAACAUCACGCCCUUGUGGAAGCGCCGUACCGACAACCGCAGAAGCCCACCAAACACAAGGAAGCCGAGGCCGCGGAGCUACCACACCAAUGGGGUCAUGGUGACGGACUUCCCUGCGGAGGACAAGGCCUUGAGCCGGCCGGCUGAGAAACUGUUGGUUACAUCUCAGAGUGUGGGCAAGAAUGCGGCAGUGCUGAAGCAUGUUUUACACAAACCUUCCAAAAAGUCCAGAGUUGUUCGGAGUAUUAGCAUCGGAAACAUCUCCAAUGGGCGCUUCUCCUUGUCGAAAUUCAAGUCCGACUGCAGCAGACCCAAUUCGCUGGACAACAGUGUCGGUAAUGGCGAGUACGAUGCAGGAAGUCCCAGCAAUGGACGGACAGGUUGGCCGGACCGGUGCGUCCGCUCUCCUCAAGUGCUCAUUUCCAGCGUGUUCAGCCUGAACUUCCCUAAGGAGAAGACCCCAUCGUAUCAAAGCCUCGCCGUACCUGAACUGGUUCCACACACCCUUAAUAAUAAUAAUAACAACCUUGAACUAUCCUUCUUGUCUCCAUCAAGCCCGCAUCCUCCUGCUAGACGGACUCCAUCCCACAGCUCGACCUCGAGCAUUCCGUCCCUCUCUUCCUUCACCUCCUCGGACCCCCCGACACCACGCUCCUCCUCGCCGGCCGACAGCCGGCCGCCGCCGCUCACGCGGUCGUCGCCCUCGCCCGUCCUCUCCCAAGACGCCAGGCGUGCGUCUUCUUCUUCUUCCCCCUCCCCUUCCCUUUCCCCGUGUAUUUCACCCGCUCCCGCUAUUGUCCUCAGCACCCACAGCCCCGCUGCCCUGAAGAUGGGCACCCAGCAACUCAUCCCCAAGGGCUUAGCUUCAGGUAGUCGACAGAACAAGACCGCCGCUUCCGGGCCGCAAGGCCAAGGAUUGGCAGCGCUGCUGGGCUUGGAUGCUUCUAAGCGGACGUUAAAAACACUCAGCAUGGUCGAGUCAGGGGCUCACUUUUCCACGGGAGGGGGGAAUGGCGAGGGGACGGACGGGGAAAACGAAAGCCCGGGGACCCUUAGGAGGGGGCUGAGGAGUACAUCCUAUCGGAGGGCUGUUGUCACUGGAGUCGAUCUGGAGGCCCAGGCACUUUCCCGGGCCGGCAUGAAGGGAUUAGAUAGCGAUAAUAAAACUCCCCCAGCAAAACCAGGCAUUGUAAAGCCCGUCAGCCUGGGGGCACCCAAGCCUGACAGUCCCUCGACUCCAACCGGAACAGGGAAAAGCAAGACUCCCGACAAGAAAAACAUCCUGACCCCUCAACGCACCUUUGACAGCGAAGAGGAGGAACUGUACCAGAACUAUCAGGAAAAGGCGUUACAUAACGAUUCAGAUGAGGAUGCCGAUUCCAGAGAACCUCAAGCCGAUAACAGCAUCGUGUUGCAGUACAGGCCCAUAAGGACGUCCUGGAGCCAGCUUACCGUGGUCAAGAAAAGUGCUCAGUUUGAGCGAAUGAGUCAGGAAGAACGCAAAAGACAAGAGGCCAUCUUCGAGGUGAUCUCCUCCGAGCACUCUUACCUCCACAGUCUGGAGAUCCUCAUCCGUAUGUUCAAGAACUCACCGGACCUCAGCGAGGCCAUGACCAAGACGGAACACCACCACCUCUUCUCCAACAUCGCGGAUGUCUGCGAGGCCAGCAAAAAGUUCUUUAAGCAACUGGAGGAGAAACACCAGCAGAACAUCGUGAUUGACAGCAUCAGCGACAUCGUUUGUAAGCACGCCGAAUCCAACUUUGAUCCUUACGUGACGUAUUGCUCCAAUGAGGUCUAUCAGCAGAGAACCCUGCAGAGGCUGUUAUCCAAGAAUCCCGUUUUUAAGGAGGUGCUGAGCAGGAUAGAGGGCCACCCCGACUGCAGGAACCUCCCUAUGAUCUCCUUCCUCAUCCUACCCAUGCAGAGGGUCACGCGCUUGCCUUUGCUCAUGGACACAAUUUGCCAGAAGACUCCUAAGGACUCGGCGCAGUAUGAAGAAUGCAAAAAGGCUUUACAUGCUGUCAGCAAGGUGGUAAGGAAAUGUAACGAGGGCGCACGCACCAUGGAGCGAACUGAGAUGAUGUACACCAUCAACUCCCAGCUGGACUUCAAGAUCAAGCCUUUCCCGUUGGUCUCGUCGUCCCGGUGGAUGGUGAAGCGAGGCGAGCUGACGGCUUUCGUGGAGGACAACGGCAUCUUCCUCAAGCGGACGUCGCGGCAACAGGUCUACUUUUUCCUCUUCAACGACGUCCUCAUCGUCACCCGGAAGAAGAGCGAUGAGAGCUACUCUGUGAUCGACUACGCCCUGAGGGAUGAGAUCUGGGUGGGCUCCUGCCAGCCCGAGGAGGUCAACCUGUCGCCCGUCCGCGCCACCGCGGGCAUGCUGAGCUCACGGCAAGCUGGCGCCAACCACGUCUUCCGACUGCGUUUCCUUAGCAACCACUCCGGAGAAAAGGUGCCCAUGAUCUUGGGGACCGAGUUACUGAACGAACGUGCUCGGUGGAUCAGCGCCUUGGGCCACAACGUCAACAAAGACACGAGUCAGGACAGGACCAACGCCAUGCAGGUGGAGGUGAUCAGAACGUACACGGCCAAGCAGCCGGAUGAGUUGUCACUGCAGAUUGCCGACGUUGUGCUCGUCUCGCAGACGGUGGAGGAUGGCUGGCACCAGGGCGAGCGUUUGCGCGACGGUGAGCGCGGGUGGUUCCUGGCGGAAUGCGCCGAGCCCAUCACGUGUCAAGCCACCAUCGAGCGCAACAUGCAGAGGAUGGACCGCCUGCAGGGUCUGGAGACCAACGUGUGACCGGAACUCAUGACAUUAGUCCUCGGUGCCCAUAAAUAACAGAGAGGACACAAGAUGGCUGAUACCUCAUGAAUAACUCGCAGGUCUUUGCAAAUGAGUCAUCCUCUUGAUGCUUUCAAGGUCUCCUAAAGAAACAGAAGCUAAAAUACACACACACACACACACACACACACACACACUAUCAGGGCAAAAUUAUUGUGAUGUCAUGUCGUGGCGACCCCUAAUGGAAAGAAAAAUAUCUCAGCUCAUAGAAACAAACAGUUAACCGUAAAUGCCUGAAUGCUGUUGCUAGGCAAAAAAGCAGCACCGAAUUAUGUCUGACCAUAUGUGGGAAAUGAGUUCUCCCCACUGUACUAAAUAUCAUCAGUAGGUUAUACGGCAUCUCCACAAUACAGUGUGCGUCCAUGUUAAGAUAAGUAAUCUACAAGUUUCUCCCCCUGCCAUUUUGAUGCAAUUCUCCAUAGCCAUACAUUAUAUUGUUAUGCAAUGGUGUACAAAUACAAAAAAAAAUAUUGGAAAGCCUCAUCUUGUUUAAAAAUCUUUAGAAUUGUCAGUAGAUUCCACCUGAUUUUGGCAAACCAUACUUUUGUCUACAUAAACCUUUUCAACUCAUUUCAACAUAGUUCCUCAGCACCAACAAGAUGGUAGCAACGCACUACUUUUGUCUUAAUUAAGGUCCCCAAUUCACUUCCACGUGGUUCCUUGGGAGCAAAAUAAACAAAAACAGCAAGUAGUUGGGUUUUUGGUGUAAUAAUGGAGCUUAGCAGCACCAUCCCAAAAAACCCCCAAUAAAUCUGCAGACAUAUAGUUCACGGUGUACCACUAAUACUGCGUCACAGGAUCAUUUAAGUAAAUAAUUGCAUGUGUGUUCCAAUACUUUUGUCAAUCUAGGUCAUGUUGUACGGAGAUAAUUAUGAAGAGGAGAAUGCUAUUUGUUUAAAGCUGAAAGCACUUUUUAAAACAAGACGUACCAUGUCACAAAAUGCAAACACACGUUGACAUUCUUAACACACUCGCACCCGGCGGCUGACGCCCGAACUUACGUGAGGCUGCUUUCUCGCAACAAAUAUAGUAGAUCUGUCGUGACCAUGAGGGUCUGGCUAAGGUAAAUACUUUGCACGUAAACGCCCAACAUUUCUACUUCCGGGCAUGAAUUUCAUUGACUUUUAACUGAGUUGUGUGCUCUGUGUAAAUACGUCAUCUUAUUUUUUUUAUGUUUUCGAAAUAUGAUACAAUGUAGAAACCUGCGUCUUUGGCAUACACAUUUUGGAAACACUCAUUCAAUAGCCCGAGUUCUUUGGGCUUUUAAUAAUGUAAAUUCCUGAAAAGAAAUAUUUGCAGAAUUUUUGAUACCGUUCUAUAUAUUUGCUGUUGGAGACUGUACAGAUGUACCUAAUGAAGUGUCCAGUGAUUCAAUGUCACAUCAAGCAUACAUAAUAAAAGCUUAAUUGUUGACC